AUGUUUAGUGAUGAUAAUACUAAUGGUUCAAAUACUGCAUACUUGUCAACCUCAAAUAAUCAUACACUAAAUGGUAAUAGUCUAAAUACAUAUAAUUCACUCGAACAACAACAAUUUCUUGAAUCACAAUCUAAACCAAAACCAGUUAACAAUCCAUCAAUACCGAAACAAAUUGAGUUAGCAAAAUUAAAAGCAAAACAAUUAUAUGAUGAAAUUAUAAUUAUCAAGAAGAAAAUUCAAGAUACAAAUUUAAAAACAGUAUCAAAAAAUGUAAAUAAUAUACCAAAUAAUUCAUGUAAAUUAAAAUUAUAUAAUAAUUUAAAAGGUCAUCAAAAUAAAAUAGUUAAAAUAUGCUGGAAUUCAAAUUCAAAUAAAAUUUUAAGUGCUUCACAAGAUGGAUAUAUGAUUAUAUGGGAUGCAAUAACUGGCUACAAGAAACAAGCUAUUCAAUUAGAUAAUAAUUGGGUAUUAACUUGUAGUUUAUCACCAGAUGAAAAAUUAGUUGCUUCAGCUGGAUUAGAUAAUCAUUGUACUAUAUAUAAAAUUCAACCUGAUAAUUUAAAUAAUCCAGUACAAGAUCCACAAUAUCAACAACAGCAGCUAAAACAAAGUUCAAUAAGAAAUGAUGGAUAUCAAUUACAAACUGGAUUUUAUCAAUCUAUUCAAUCUGUUUUUAAAGGUCAUACAGCAUACAUAUCAGAAUGUGAAUUUAUUGAUAAUAAUUCAAUAAUAACAUCAAGUGGAGAUAUGACAUGUUCAUUAUGGGAUAUAAAAAAAGGAAAUAAAAUAAGAGAUUUUAUUGAUCAUGUUGGUGAUGUAUUAUGUUUAUCAAUUUUCCCUAAAGAAAUUUUACAAAAUAAUUUAUUUAUAAGUGGAUCAAGUGAUGGUUAUGUUAAAGUUUGGGAUUUAAGAUCUCCAACUUCAAUACAAAGUUUUAGUAUAUCAAAUUCAGAUGUAAAUUGUGUUAAAAUUUUCCCAGAUGGUAAUUCUUUUGCAACUGGUUCAGAUGAUGGUAUGAUUAGAUUAUUUGAUUUAAGAAGUGAUUGUGAAAUUUCAAAUUAUUCUUUACAACAAGAAAUUCAAAAAUCUAUAAAUUUAAAUUCUGGUGGUGGUGGUGUUAAUUCUAUUCCAAGAUUAAGUUCACCACCUACUCCAAUUGAUAAAAAGACAUAUCAAUAUGGAAAUAACUACACAACAUUAAAUCAACAACAACAACAACAACAAGCUCAAUCACCUUUAUUAUAUCAAUCAUCAGAUAUAAUAAGUAAUGGAGGAAGAAAUAGUAUAUAUUCAAAAAAUUCAAUAUUAGAAAAUUCUGGAAUAUUUUCAAUAGAUUUUAGUAAAAGUGGUAGAUUAUUAUAUCUGUGUUAUUCAGACCAUGGUUGUAUUGUUUGGGAUACUUUAAAAAAUGAAAUUAUUGGUACUUUAGGUAGUGAACAUUUAAAUAAAAUAAAUAAAGUAUCUAUAAGUCCUGAUGGAAUUGGUUUAGCUACUGGUUCAUGGGAUUCUACAAUAAAAAUUUGGAGUGUUUAA